AUGACUCUUUCUCUCGGCAUGAAUACUGCAGUUGUGGUUUCGUCCUCUGAAAUGGCAAAGGAGAUCUUCAAAACCCUCGACCAGAAUUUUGCAGGACGGAUUCUGAUAGAAGCAGCAAAGGUUCUUUCUCACCACGAAUCUUCAAUUGCUUUUGCUCAGUAUGGAGAUUACUGGCGGAAGUUGAGGCGAAUUGCCACCACAGAACUCUUCAUUCCCACCAGACUCCAAGCCCUGCAACAUCUCAGAAGAGAUCAAAUCUCUCAGACAAUUCGAAUGGUCUUCGUGAAGAAGGGGAAGAGUUUGAAUAUUGCACAGCUGGUGUUCUACGAGGGUCUCAAUCUCAUGAGCAACGCCAUCUUCAGUAAGAACUUGUUCGAUCCUAACUAUCCAGAGUCUGCAGAAUUGAGGAACACUUAUAGUGAAAUGGGGAAGUUGGCCGGAAAACCCAACAUGGUCGACUUUUAUCCGUUUCUGAAGUUUCUGGGCCCUCAGGACGUGAGCCGUGGUCUGACAGUCUAUCAUAAGCGACUACAUGACUACUUAGAUGUAUUCAUACAAGAUCGGCUGGAGGCCAGGAGGCAAGGGGUAGGUCUUCCCAAGGAAAAAGACUUUCUCGACAUUCUGCUCGAUUUGACUGCCCAUGAUUUCACUCUGGUGAAUAUCAGGGCUUUACUCUUGGAACUCUUGUCGGCUGGUAGUGAUACUACAACAACAAUAGAAUGGGCUAUGGUGGAACUCAUUGCCAAUCCUUAUGUAAUGAAACGAGCACAAAAGGAAUUAGAAGAUAUAAUUGGUAUCAAUCGAAAAAGUGGAAGAAUCUGA